AUGUCAGGCUUAUAAAUAAUUUAUGGAGAGAUUAAAGGAUCUAAAUAAAUAGUUCAGUUUAGAAUUGAUCCAACUAUUUUAAAUAAAUAAAUAAAUCCUAAUAUAAUCAAAGAUUUUUUAAAGGAAGUUGAACUUGAUGAAUAAUAUUAUGAUAAGCCUUCUAUUUUAUUUUAAGCAGGGGAACAAUACUUUAAUUCAAUUGGAAAAAAUUAAAUAUAUGAUUUAGAAAAUGCUUAAAAAUGGAUCAAUUCAAAUAACUUAAUAGAAAUGACUUAUGCAUUAAAAUGGAUAUAUUAAGUUGCUAGUGUAGAAGAGAAAGCUUUGUUGACUUAUGAUUUAAAUAUCAAUCAAGAAAUUUUGAAAAAAAUUAUUAUUCUAAAUAUAGCGUUAGAAUAAAAAAUUUAAAUUUCGAUAAAUAGUUUGAUUAAUUUAUUAGAUUAAAAUUGCGAAAUAUUGUAUUGUAUAGCGUAAUAUUUAUAAUCAGCAAUUAAAAGUUUGUAAUUUGAAGAGUUAUUGCCUCUUUUAAUUUAAAUUAUAAAUCUUAUAGAUGGUCAAAUAUAUAAUAAAUUUAUUGUCCUUUAGUUAAUGGAUAUUGUUCAUUCCUAGUUUUCUUAGUUUAAUAUUCCUAAAUUGAAAAUAAAUUAGUUCUAAAUAUAAAAUUGGGAAAAUUGCACAGAAUUUACAAUUUAAGAAUAGGAAUUACCUUUUUUAAUUCUAAGAAGAUCAAGAGAAGUAUAUAAUUUAACUUAAAGCUAAUAUGAAUCCUUUCAAAAUUGUUUUUUUUUUAAAUGGUAAACAAUGGACAUGUUAAUAGACGAAUAAAUUAAAAAUAAUAAAACUAAAAUAGAAAAAUAAAUUGAAAAUAAUGAAAAUAAUGAAAAUAAUGAAAAUAAAAUAGACAAAGAAAUUGAAAUUUAAAUACCAAAGAAACAAAGAUAGAAAUAGAGGCUGGUUUUUUCAGUUUAAGUUAGACCAAAUUAAAAUUAAAGCAAUCCAAUUAAAGAAAACCAAAAUGGGGCUCCAAGACCCCCUCCAGCACCCAUUAAUCUAAUCAAUACAAGUUCUUAUACAUAAUAUAAUAAAUUACCAAUGUUAUAACAAAAUUUAAUUGGAACUAUUUGGAGUGUUUCAUUACCUUAAAAUCCAUUAAUAAACCCAGAUAACCUUAAGUAUUUCUUAAAAAAGUAAGUUAUUAAGAAAGAAGCAAAUUAAUAAAAAGAAACUGUUAUCUAUUCAGAAUCUGUUUUAAAAGAAUAAGGCAUAAAAUUAGAAUUAUUAUUAAAUAAAUUAUCAAAGAUCAAUCUAAUUGAAAUUAUGGAUUAAAUUAAUUAACUCGAAUUUGUAGAAAAUAAUAAUAAUAAUGAAAUGAAAUCAGUUUUAGAAUUACUUUACAAAAUCAUUUUAUUGAUACCUGAAGAUUUUUAAAAUAAAUAUGAAAAAAAAAUUAAUGAAAUUAUGUAAAAUAAUUAAUAGAAUUCAAAUAAUUAUUUUAUUAAUAGAAAUGACUAAUCUGUUAAAUAAAUAUAUGAUUUAAAUUUUAAAAAAUCAAUUGAAAUAGAAUUCUUUUUUAAAGAACAUGUUGAAAAUUACGAAUUUAUAGUAAAUUAAAUUCUUUAGUUUAUUAAAAUAUUUGAAGAUAUCAAAAAGGAUUAAGAAUUAAUUUUGUAUUUUCAUUAUAUUAAAGAAUAUGGAAAGAUAUUUAAUAAUAUUAAAAUAGCUGAGUAUGGAUACAAAUUUGAAAAUUUAAUAGAGUUUUCUUACAAAACUUAACAAUUAGUACCCUAAUAAGAAGAAUUAAUUAAAUUUAUAGUAGAGGACAUGAUAAAUUAAAAUAUUAAGUUUUAAGAUCUUAAUGAUCCUUAUUAUCAAUCACUUCAAAUCUUAAGUAAAGAAAGUAAUGCAUUAUCAGAAAAUAAAAAAACUAUUGAAACAUAUAAAAAGCAUAAUUUAUGGCUAGAAAAUCACUUAAGAAAUUUUGAAAACAAUUAAGCCGAAAUAAAUUUUUUCAAUAAGGCUAAAAAGUAUUUUUAAUUAUAUAAAGAUUUCAUAUACUCAAUGGAAACUAUUUAUCAAAAAGGUCUAAAAAAUUAUGAAGAAAUUAGAAAAUAUUUUUGCGAUUUUAGAAAUGAACUUGAAACCCCAUAAUUUUUUGGAGAUAUAUUAAAAAUCAAGAAACAACUUAUGGAAUAAUACCAAUAUAUUUUAUUUUAAAGAAAAAAAUAGUAGUAAAAACAAUAUAGUAAAUUGCAUUUAAAAAAAUGA